GAAAUCAUUCUCAAGUCAGUCUUCAAACACUUAAUAUUACACGCAGCAAAAUGUUUGCCAAAAUUGCCUUAUUCACCGUAUUUCUGGCGGCAGUCAGUUCCAUGUCAAUACCCUAUAGAAGGUCAUCGUUUGUCAUAGAAGAUCAUGGAAAUUUAAUGAACAAUGAUAUUGAAGAUCUAUAUUUCGAACAUCCGCGAGAGUCAGUGUACCCUAUUUACCCCAAUACAAGAGUUCGUCGGCAGCUCCACGGUGCAAUAAACACAAACCCUGAUGGUUCUACCAAUAUUAUGGGAAAAUUGCCUAUAGCUGGCAAUGAUCAGAACGUUUUAAGUGCCGUCGGUGGGCUUGGCGGUCUGAAAAAUGGUGGUGGCUACAGUUCUGCAUCUGGUGGAUUGGCUUUAGACAAUGUCAAUGGACACGGUUUGAGUCUCACCGGCAAGCAUAUCCCAUCCGUCGCUGACCAGCUCACAGCCGCUGGAAGGGCAAACCUAUUCCACAACGACAACCACGAUCUGGCUGCUAAUGCUUUUGCCACGAGGACUAUGCCCAAAAACCCCGCUAUUCCCAACUUCAACAGUUACGGUGGUGGUUUGGACUACAUGUACAAAAACAAAGUUGGAGCUGGCCUCAGCGCAGCGCAUACAGAUAUCUUCGACCGUACCGACUACUCAGCUAUGGGAAAACUGAACCUCUUCCGUAACCCUACAACUUCCUUUGACUUCAAUGCUGGAGUUUCUAAAUCUGUAUCACCGUUUCUGCCGCGCCAGUCUUGGGAACCAUCAGCUGGUUUAUCAUUCACUAAAUAUUUCUAGAUCUUAUAUGAUAUUGAACAAAUUUUCCCAGCUUCAGAGUUAGAUUAUGUGUUUAAUAUACUCUGUUAAGGUUUCAGUACACGCAAGAGCUAUAUUUUAUAAUCAUCAAAGUUAAUGUACCUGAUUUCCUGCAUUUUUGUCUUUUCUCGCUUCUUCAUAAUCAAAUACAGUGUUUGUACAUAUUUAAUACAGUGGGCUUAUAAAUUAGUUACAUAUUAAAUCAAUAUACGUCAAUAUCAAUAUUAUACUCGUAUUGUUAGAAUUAAGUAUUAAGCCAAAUAAGACUUUAAUAAAAAUAAUCUGAAAACAA